UACAAGCGUCCCGAGUCCCUCACCAGUCGCCCUUUGGCCCUCCCCAAAUCCCAAUCCUCCCCCAAUCCUCCCCCAAUCCUCUCAAAAUCUUCAUCUUCACUGUGAGAAGGAAUCCGCCAUUUCCGCCGGAAUCAGAGCCUUCACUCACCGGAGAAGAAGAUUAAUCCCUCCGUUAUGGCUAAGAAGAGGAAAUCUAUUGCUACCAGCCUCGACGAGGUAGAUCGGACCAUGUACACCUCUUUUUGCAGCGGGGCCAACUCUCUCUCGCAGCUUUACACCCAGGCUAUGAACCACCAGAAGCUUUCUUUUCAAGCCGGAGAACGUCAUGCCAUGGAAAAGCUUUAUCAAUGGAUGUUUAGACAACAAGAAGGUGGAUCUAGAGUGACAACAGCUGAUGUACUCAAUUACAUACGGAACGAGUUGGAUUAUUGUGGGGAGGAACCGUCAAUGUCCCCUAGAGCAGCAGCAGUCCACCAACAUCAACAUGCUCAACCAACAAUGCAGUUCACAAACUCAAGCUUUCCAGGUUCAGGUCUUUCUGCACAAGCAACCACUGGACAAGGAAGUCGAACCGAGCACUCUGAUAAUCAUUCCAAAAGCUCAGUCUUCUCAAAUGCUCUAUCAAGCCCCAUUCGUCAGAGUUUGCAGCAGUAUCACAUUGCUCGGGAAGCUCACUACCCAAACAGUGGGACGUCGGGAGGAAACGGAGCCACUCGAAACAAUGAACCCAACUUCCUUCAGCAUCAGAAUGCUGACCCUAAUUCAGUCAGCUCUAACGACUCAUCGAUGGACAUGCAUGCCGAUAGUCCCGCACAUGAUUCACAUUACUGAUCUCGGGGAUCGCCAAUUGGUGCUAAAGCUUUAUUAGCCAGGUGAGAACAAGCAUAAGUUCCUGGCUACCAAUGGCCUUUACUUUCUUUGUUGGAAAUUUCUCUAGGGCUUUUAUCUUGUAAAGGGUUUCUUUUAUAACAGAACCUCAGGGAAAAAAAAAAAAAGAAAAAAAAAAAAAGAACUGGAAGUUGCUAAUACCUUUGUUUCUCGUCAUUUAUUAUGGUGUUUCAAACAGUGCUGCUUUGUUUCCCCCCUUUAUUAUUUAGAACUCAAUACUAUCUUAAUGUAGAUUGGGUAAGUUUGUGGAUCUGGUGAAUGAGAAAUUAUAGGAUAUGGCUUUUUAAGUUGGGUUCGUUAGUUAGAUAACGGUGAACAUUCGAA